GGAGCGCAGAGGCAGGAAAAGGUAGCUCAAAGUCAAGUGCACGGGGUGGAUCCUUGGCGCUUCCUGUGGACUUUACGACCUGACAUCAACCGAAUUGCACAAGGACAAGUGGUCGACUGGGUUCAUCGAAAGGACUUUCAAACGGCAACCUCUGAGCAGUUCUUCCACUGUCAUGGAGUCAGCAUCGCCCAAGGAUGACUCUUCUUCCGCAAAGAGCACGGAGACGUCGUUCUCCUUUGGCAUGGUGGAUGUGUUCCUCUUCUCCGUCAUCAUUGGCCUCCUGUCCUACUGGUUCUUCUUCCGCAAGAAGAAAGAGGAGAUCCCAGAAUUUGCGAAGAUCCAGACACCGGUGGGCGCACAAUCGACAAAUGAGGGCAGUUUCAUUGAAAAGAUGAAAAAGACGGGAAAAAACAUUGUGGUUUUCUAUGGCUCCCAGACUGGGACCGCCGAAGAGUUUGCCAACCGCCUGGCCAAGGACUCCCAGCGCUAUGGCAUGCGCGGAAUGUCAGCCGACCCAGAGGAGUACGACCUGUCUGACCUGAGCCGCCUCUCUGAGAUCGAGAAGGCCCUGGCGGUUUUCUGCAUGGCCACCUACGGAGAAGGAGACCCCACGGACAACGCCCAGGACUUCUACGACUGGCUGCAGGAGAGCGACUCCGACCUCUCGGGCAUUAAAUAUGCGGUGUUUGGACUGGGAAACAAGACCUACGAGCAUUUCAAUGCGAUGGGGAAGUAUGUGGACCAGCGGCUGGAGGAGCUGGGUGCCCAGCGGAUCUUCGAGCUCGGCCUCGGGGAUGACGACGGAAACUUGGAAGAGGAUUUCAUCACGUGGCGUGAGCAGUUCUGGCCGGCCGUGUGCGAGCACUUCGGGGUGGAAGCCACGGGAGACGAGUGCAGCAUUCGGCAGUAUGAACUGGUUGUGCACACGGACAUCAGCGCAAGCAAGGUCUACACCGGCGAAAUGGGCCGCCUCAAGAGCUACGAGAACCAGAAACCGCCUUUUGAUGCCAAGAACCCGUUCCUGGCGCCCGUGUCGGUGAACCGCAAAUUGAACCAAGGAGGCGAGCGGCACCUGAUGCACCUGGAACUGGAUAUCACUGGAUCAAAAAUCAGGUACGAAUCGGGAGACCACAUCGCUGUGUACCCAGCCAACGACACGUCGCUGGUGAACCAGCUGGGCGAAAUCCUCGGUGCUGAUUUAGAUACAGUCAUCUCCCUGAACAAUCUGGACGAGGAGUCCAACAAGAAGCAUCCGUUCCCGUGCCCUACCUCGUACCGCACCGCCUUGACGCACUACCUGGACAUCACGAACCCGCCACGCACCAACGUCCUCUACGAGCUGGCGCAGUAUGCCACGGACCCCAGCGAGCAGGAGAGGAUGCGCCAAAUGGCCUCCUCCUCCGCGGAAGGGAAGGCCCUGUACGUCAGCUGGGUGGUCGAGCCCCGGAGGAACAUCCUGGCCAUCUUGCAGGACAUGCCCUCCCUGCGGCCCCCGAUCGACCACGUCUGCGAGCUGCUGCCCCGCCUGCAGGCCCGCUACUAUUCCAUCGCCUCCACCUCCAAGGUGCAUCCAAACUCUGUCCACAUUUGUGCGGUGGUGGUGGAGUACACAACCAAAACGGGCCGCGUCAACAAGGGCGUGGCAACCAACUGGCUGAAGAACAAGGAGCCCAACGAGAACGGCCACAAGUCGCCGGUGCCCAUGUAUGUCCGGAAGUCCCAGUUCCGUCUGCCCUUCAAAUCCAGCACACCAGUCCUCAUGGUCGGACCCGGCACGGGGAUCGCACCCUUCAUGGGCUUCAUCCAGGAGCGGGGCUGGCUUAAGCAGCAGGGCAAGGAGGUGGGCGACACGGUGCUGUACUACGGCUGCCGGCACAAGGAGGAGGACUACCUGUACAAGGACGAGCUGGCCCAGUUCCUCCGGGACGGCGCCCUCUCGCAGCUCAACGUGGCCUUCUCCCGGGACCAGCCCCAGAAGAUAUAUGUGCAGCACCUGCUCAAGCAGAACAAGGAGAGCGUGUGGAAGCUGAUCCACGAAGGGAACGGACACAUCUACGUGUGUGGCGACGCCCGCAACAUGGCGCGGGAUGUGCAGAACACCUUCUACGAGAUCGUGGCCGAGCUCGGCAAGAUGAGCCAGCAGCAGGCCGUGGACUACGUGAAGAAGCUGAUGACUAAGGGCCGCUACUCCCUGGACGUCUGGAGCUAGGGGCCGGCAGGCGUGCCGCGCCGGGGAGGGGCUUCCACGGUGGCCAGGAAAGGACCCCUGGCCCUGCCGGGGGGAGGCGGGCCGGCUUCUGCGCGUGCCGCGUCUUGGCUCCCAUGCCUUCCCUUUGCCACUGUGCCCCAGAGGAGUCCCUCGGGCGCCGCCUCCCCGGGAAGUCGGGCGGCAUCAAGUGACUCCAAGCGCCAGAGGACUCCGGCCCCCUCCCCCCUCCGCUGCCGAGGGGCCUCUGGGCGGACGCACAUCCCCUGCCCCUUCUCUGCACAGCAGAUGCUGCCGCCAGCGGAACGCCGUCCGUCCGCCUCGGCUUGCACGCUGCAAAGGCCCUUCUCCUCUCCUCCCCUCCCUCCCUCCCUCGGCCUGCUCUGGCGGACUUGGUGCCUCGCGGGGACUUUUGCCACAGCCACGGAGCGGCUCUUGCGUGGCACGUUCCCGAUGUGGCUGGCACCUGUGCUGCUGGGAUCACGGGGGACUGUGGGGAGCAGAUGGGCAAUGGCCGUGGCGUGGGGGAGCUGGGCGGGCGCGAGGGAUCGUGCAGCACCAGUGUGGGGGAGAGCUGCCACGGAAGCAGCCAGCCAGGCGGAAUCCUCACCCUCCUCUGUGCUCCGAGUGGCGGCAGUAAUCUGGGCUGGGCGCCUCCGUCUAGGCCGGGAGAAGCCCUCCUGCAGCCCCCUUCCCUUCUGUGGGGAUGCCUCUUCCUGACAGGCGAGUUCUAAGCCAGUGCCGUGGGCCUCGGCCCCUUUUCCUUGCUGGGUGAGGUGCGGGUGCUGUCCUCACCGUGGGCAUCCCAGGCCGGGCCCGAGUGGGACAGUAGCGCGGUGCCCGUCUUGGCACGUCUCUUGCCACCACUGAACGACCCGUGCGCGCUUGGGCAUCGGCUGAGCAGGGUGUCCACGGAAUGUACAUAAUUUUAAAGAGGCUUGCUCUUGGAAUAAAGCAAUCCCUGAGUCUUUU